UAGUUGCGUCGUGUUAUGAACUUAUGCUCAAGCCUGAAAUGGAUGAAGCUGCCAAAAAGUUAUAAUAAAAGCUGCGUAAACGCGGCCUUCAAGACUAAUUUUACUAUUAAAGGACUAGAAAUGGAUCUCACACCAUUUUCUGCUGAAGAAUUUGAUCCAAAGGAUUGGAUAAACAAUAUCUUCAAAGGCCAAGAAAAAAAUGAUAAAUAUGCCUCGUCUUUGGUGAUGCGCUUGCAACUGGCCAUUCAAGAAGUCAACUCCAGUCUAGAAGACACCAGUCAGCAGCUGCUAAGCAGUCUGCCCAGAGUUGUGCGUGAUGUUGAGAGCCUUGGUCAAGAAGCAUCACUGCUCAAAACACAAAUGGAAUCUUUAAUGGCAGAUGUACAGAAGGUAAAUGCCACUGAGGUGAGCAGUAGCCUUGAUACCCUAGUAAAGCUGGAGAGCGUCAAGAGCCGCCUUGCGCUCUCAGCCCAAGCUCUGCGUCAGGCUGACAACUGGACCACUCUGGCUACUGAAGUUGAAGAGUUGCUUGAGAAUGGUGAAUUGGAGGCAGCAGCAAGAAAGGUGGUGGAGCUUCAGCACUGCCUCUCUGUUCUGAGCCAGACACCUGACAGUGAGGACCGAGCCGACCUCCUCAACAACUUCCAGCUCCGCAUUGAGGCCAUGGCCAGUCCUCAUGUCGUCGAGGCCUUCACGCAACACAACCUCAGCGAGAGCAUAAAGUACAGCGGCAUCCUGAGGAGCGUGGGGCGCAGCAGUCAGGCACUCAGCUACUUCCAUCAGUGCUCGCUGGCGGCGCUCGCUGCCGAGUGGCCCAAGGCUGUCGAGGCUGACCCCCUGACGAGCGCGAGUCUCCCGUGUCUCGCUCAUUACCUCGACCAUCUCGUCGAGCAGCUUCGCAAGCAGGUUGAGUGGGUUAGUGAAGUGUUCAGCGACUGCAACGCGCGCCAGGUGCUAAGCCAGCUCAUCACCGCCGCCCUCACAGACCUCGAUCCGCCCAUCGCGCAGGUUAUUGGCGCUGCAGUAAAGCUACAAGAAGAUCCUGUGCUGCUUCUCUGCAACAUCAGGACGACAAUGGAUGACUUCCUUGUACAAGCUCAGCACACUCUCACCUCGCAAGAGACUGACAGCGCCGCAGACCACGAGGCGCUGACGCGCGCGGUGUACGCGCCACUGGGAGCGCAGCUCGCGGCCUACGGGCAGCACGAGUCGCAGGCGCUGUUAGGGCACCUGCAGGCUGAUGAGCUGGAGUGCGAGGAGCUGUCAGAGACUCUGCUGAGGGUGCGGCAAUACUGCGGCAAGAUGGCCGCCCAGACUGACCUCGCUGUGUCGCGGUGUCUUAAGGUGAGCGGCUUGGCUGCGUGUCGAGGCCUGGUGGCUGGAGUGGCUGACUACAUGGCUGGCGUGUUGGCGGUGCUGGCUGCCGCCCGCAAGGCCGUGGCUACCUUAGAUGAUUCCAUCGCCCAGGACUGGACGGUCUUCACCAGCUGCCUCGACCUCAUCAACACAGCUGGUGUUGUGCUGCAGGCUGUCGAGGAGUGCGACGAGUGUCUGGAGCGCGCGUUCUCGGCUGCAGAGAUCUGCUGGUCACUGCAGCCCUUCAAGCUCUCUGCACCUGCCCUGCUGCCUCUUGCAGAGGUUGCUACCACCAAAAAUUAUUUGCAGCAGAUUAUAGAGAGCGGUGGUGUUCUCAGCGACAGCCUGACGAAGGCGCGGGAGGAGUGCAGGAGCUGCGUGACGGUGGGUCUGCAGACCAUCAGCGCUCCCCUACAGACACACUUGAAGCCCGUGCCCAGCCUGCCCUUGUGGACCUCUAAGCUGCCCCACACGCUCUCCUCCGCCUUCUCCCCACAGGAAUACGUCACACAGAUGGGGCAGUACCUGCUGACGUUGCCGCAGCACCUAGAGCCGCUGCUCGUAUCGCCAAGCCCCGCCCUUAACCGAGCCCUCCAGCAGGUGGCCCCCGACCACUCCAAACAUGCAGGCCAGCGAGCCGUGAGCGAGAGUGAGGUGAGUGCGGCAGACUUCCUGAUCGGACGCGUAGCACAGAAGACGUGUCAAAUGUUUGCUGACGCCGUCCUGCGCAUUCCCAUGCUAGAGCAACACGCGCACUCGCAGCUCAUCACUGAUAUCGAGUACAUAUGCAACAUCUUGGAGGACCUGGGAGUGGGCAGCUGCAGGCCCCUGGACCACCUGCUUGUGCUGCUGAAGGCGGCACCGCAGGAGUUCAGCUCCGUGAGCGAGCGCCUCGAGGACGUGUCCGUCAGGAUGAUCGCCGCCGUGCGCCAAAUGCGCGACAUUUCGGCGUCCACGUGAAGAAUAAUGCUUAUUAAUUUAUCAGCGUGUUUAAAACUCGUUCUUUCUAUUCGAUUACAUCAAGUCAACAUUUUAUUACUCAUGCUUAAAAUCAAUAUAUACAAUAUUUCGCUUGAAGACAAAAUUAUGAGUAAGUUGACAAUUCAAUUGCAAAUACUGUAUAAGAUACGUUUAUUGCAUUCAUUUCGUUCAUUGCAUCUAUACAUGGCUAAAACCUAGUCAAGAAGUGUGGCAGCAAAUUCUGUUCUAGAAGCUCGCCUGUCGACAACGAAUUGUAAUUAUCUGUGCUGCUUUAAUACAGUAUCUUGGAUACAUUGCUGAACUGUUAAGGUGUCUUCAAACCUAAUUUUGUUAAAUAGGAUUUACUUUUCUACAUAUUUGUAAGAUACAUUGUAAAACAUCGUACUUUAUAAUACUUAUGGUCAAUAACUGUCCUAUCCUCAAGUGGUAAUUUUGUUACUCAGGUAAUCAUUUUGGUACAUCAACAAAAUAGUUUCUUAAACCCAGCUCGCACUAGCACAAUUGGCGAUAUGUUAUAUUAUCAUUGAAAUUUGAACAAGGUCAAAAUAGAUGGCAAUAAUACUUCUAACUUUUAAAUUAAACUAUCAUAUGGCCCUCUGAGAAAAUAAUUCUGUAACCGUGCUUUGCACAUCAAUUAAUCGUGCAUGUAUGAAAACAAAUGCCCAAACGUU